AUGAUCCAGUCCCGAUGUGCGGUGGACUCCUUGGAGAAGAGGAAGCGGCAUAGAAUCUUCGGUCUGUGCACGGAUGGAGAGGACUUUCAUUGUCUGGAGAUUGACAGCGGACUUAACUGGUCGCGACUGCAUCUCACUUAUUCCAAUGAUCUCCAGCAGAUUCUCGAAAUGCUCGCCUUCAUCCAUUUUUGCGUCAGCUGCCGCCUUCCUGCUGAAAAGCUAUUCCAUACCAGCGAUCCUUUGGUAGGAUUGGAGAAAUCCAUUCCUAACAGAAAGACUGUUGCCCGAAGGCUGCGGCGUAAGCUGCGUCACUCGGCCAGCAGCACCGGGACCAUCGGUAUGACGGCGGAUCUUCUUGAUGCAGAUGCUGAUGAGCGAGCGGUGCGCCCUUAG